UCGUUACGUGCUGGCGAAAGGACGUGUUUAGCGGUCGUCGUUGCCGAGAAUACAAAUCAUAUCGAGUGCCAUUCGGAAUCUAAGGUCGAAGUUCGUGUGUCAGACUUUUGGCCAAGACUGAAAAGGACCGAAGAAGGCGCGCGAAAACCCAUUUAGUGGCGAGUGCGAUUUUUCCAUGUUUUCCUCCGUGUUUUUUCGUGCAACGUCCAACCUGCAACCUCUAACAACCUCCUGAAUACGUGUGCGGGCAAUUAAAGUUCCGGGCGCCUCACUGACUGAUGGUCGUCGCGCAAAUGGCCAUUGCAAAUUGCAUGUUUUCGUGGCCCCCGAGUGCAUGUCGCAGUAUGACACCGAGCGCCAAAUGCUUGUGAGCCAACCGAAGAGGGCUUAAAGUGUUUUUUUCGGCCAGGCCCUUGUUCGCCUAAGUGGAAUUAUCAGCCAGCAAGACAAACGCAAGGCACGCAAGGCCAUCAGAGUAUGAAAACCCCAUCAAAGGCAAGUGCAAAUCUGUUUCUGUGGGCUGGGCAGGAAAUCUAAUUAAAGACGAAAUGGCAACUGGCAAAUGCGAAGCAUAAAAUAAUUGCAAAUGCUGAUGAAGCCUGGUGGCAACAUGCUGCACAAGUGAGACAAAACCGAGUUUAAUGAGCUGGCUGCAGCCGGAACACAUGAGACUGCCGCAGCACUUGUCCCUGGCCAACGGAUCGAGCCAACUAUUAAUGGCAACAGGCUGGAAGUUUAUGCGAAAAGUUUCUGAAAGUAAUACGCAAAGAAAACACAAACCGAGCUAAGUCCCAUCAAGCAAUAAUAAACGGGAAAAGCGCUGGGGAAAAACGCUUAAAUCAGCACAAGUAAAACCGAAAUACGCAGAAAACUUUUCCAACGGCAACGGAUUUCCAUUCUUUUGAGGAAAACCAACGGCAUCAUCAACAUCAUCAUCAUCAUUAUCGUCAUCAUCCAACCAGGCACUGUUAUUGUUUCGCCAAGGAUUACAUAUUAUGCGAUAAACAUGAAAUACACAAACGAUACACGACUCAUUGUGUUCAUUUGCUGUUUGCUGCAAGGCUUUGCUGUAGGCCUGCGCAUGAUCAAGGUCUCCAUUCCCGCCUACAAGCUGCGCGGCGAGUCCGCCUUCCUGGAAUGCCAGUACGAACUGAACCGGACGCAUCACACAGUCACGGGUCUGCAGAGCCAUUCGGACCACCCCCAUGGUCAUCAGACCCACGGCGGAGAGUUCCACUACCCAGAUGGUGAAACGCUGGAGGACGAACGCUCGUACCGCAGCCGAAUGCGUCAAAACCAACGGCAGCAUGGCCAGCGCCCCAGGCAACGUGAACCCAUUGCUAUGCGGCAAUACCAGAGUCAACAGAACCAUCAGCAGCCGCCAGCUCCGCCGGAGAAGUCACCCUACGGGCACAGUGUUUACCGGGGCAGUGCAGCCUCCGGGUAUCUGGGUGCCGCUCAUGUGGGUGCUAGUACUCAUAGUGGCUCCGUAUCCGUAAGCAAUAGCAAUGGCAAUAAUGGCGGACCAGCGGCCUAUAUGCCCGAAUUCGAUCGGGCGGACAGUUUCGACGAUAGCAAUGAUCGCGAUGAGGAGGAGGAGGAAGAAGAGGAGGAGCAGCACGAGGAGGGGGAGGCUCUGUACGCCAUCAAGUGGUACAAGGACAACGAGGAGUUCUACCGCUACGUGCCAAAGGCCCGGCCGCCAAAGACCAGUUACCGAGUGGACGGCGUGCGAGUCAUUGAGGAACUCUCGGACGCGAGUCGCGUUUUGCUACGCGGAUUGACACUCAACUCGACCGGAUUGUAUCGCUGCGAGGUGUCCGCCGAGGCACCCAACUUCUCAUCGGUGCAGGGCGAAGGGCGGAUGGACAUUGUCUUUCUGCCACGCGAUGGACCACACAUAAGAGGUCAGCAGUAUCAGUACCAAAUCGGCGAAUACUUGUAUUUGAAUUGCACGUCCGGAAAAUCUCAUCCGGCCUCGCAUUUGCAGUGGUUUGUCAACGAACAGCCGAUCCUCGACGAGCACUACCUGCACAAAUACAACGACAUCGUGCACAAACACGGGCUAAUCACCUCCACUUUGGGCCUGCAGCUGCCGCUGGAGCCGCGUCACUUCCACGACGGCGACAUGCGCGUCAAGUGCCUGGCCAGCAUAUCGCCGGUCCUGUGGAAGGGCGGCAAGGAGAGCGUCCUGCAGCGGCGGCCGGGGAUCAUCGACAACCGCGAGGCCAUGUUGCUGGUGAAAGGUGCAGCUGGUCAUUCGGAGAGCAGUUUCCUGCGAACACUAACCAUCGCCAUCAUUCUGGCCAGAACCGGUCAGUGGCUACUUGGCUCGGAGCUGACUUAAGCCAGUCGUCCUCGAAGAUGGCCGGCACCCCUCGGCACGACUCGUUUCAAUUAACAAGCAUUCAUUUCAAUUCAAUUCAAUUGCAAUUGCAGAGCAUAAAUGGUGAUUUUGUAUACUUUAAGUGUAAUAUCCUUAGUUCUUAAGCGAAGGGAAAGGAAAACAAAAAUAGGAAAAACAAAAAACAGACAAAUUGGGUAAAUGUGUUAUAGCAUGUAAAAAUCAUUAAGCAACGCGAAGGGGAAACGAGUUAAAUAGUAUUAAAGGCAGAAAGAGGGAGGACCAACUCCGCCUCGACAAAAACUCCUGUGCAAAAAGCGAGACAGAGACGCACAGACACACACACACACACACACAAAGAGAGAAUUCAAUUAGGAAAAUUGUUAAGUAACUAAAUUCCAAUCCCAUAUAUAUGACAUAUCCCCCCUAUGCCCAUCGUCUCCGAAAAUCAAGCCCAGCUAAAGGGUUCGUUGUGCGUAAUUUCUGUGUAAAUACUUGAAUGGUAACGACAAAGUCUAGGACAAACUUUGGACUUUUGUCAAAUAAUGUCUGAGUGGCAUCAAUUUCGAAUAGUAGCUGGAAACUUUGCCAUAACAGAUGCUAAAACUACAUAAUUGCAAAAAAACGAAAAUGAAAACGAACAAAAAAAAAUAAAAACACACACAAAAAGGGGAAAAGUAUGCUGGAAAAGUGCUCUUUUCCCCUCUUUUAGUUACGAUUCUGGCAAGUAUUUGCUUCCUGACUCUGAAAAGUAUUUCCAAUUGUAUUUAGUUUUGUAAAUUAAGUCCGUAAGAGAGAACGAAGCUCGAAAUGAAAUUAUAUUGUUGAUGGAUCAAUUACUAAUAGCUCUCUCUCCGGUUAGAGUUGAGACAGUUUCUUUCGGUUGCCGCACAUCCUAGUUGUAUGAACUGUAUAAAAGAGAACCUGGAUAUGUGUCAUAUCUGUAAAUGUUAAGAACCUUUGCUAAACUAGUACCAUAAGCUAGGUGUUUAAGUAGUAGCCGAACUGUAAACCCAGAAAAGAUUCAACCUCCCCUCCCCCGAACCCUUCUGUUGUAGCAAUACUGAAGGGAUAAAAGCUCCCGAAAGAUAUAACUACUAUAUAUGAUGAUAUGUAUAUGUAUACAAUAAAUGAAUAUGACAAGAACCCGACUCCACCCCCUAUGUCCACCCCCCAGAGUGUUUAAACAAAUAUA